CCGAAGUGUAGGUGACGGUUCCGAGACAUCGCCGCCAAGCUGGGCACCGGGGAGAUGGCUGAGACGGACCCCAAGACCAUGCAGGACAUCACCUUGGUGGUGGAGACGCUCCUGCAACAGAUGCAAGACAAGUUUCAGAUCAUGUCCGACCAGAUCAUUGGAUGGAUCGAUGACAUGAGCAGUCGCAUGGACAACCUGGAGAAAAAUAUCGCUGACCUCAUGACCCAGGCUGGAGUGGAAGAGCUGGAAGGCGAAAACAAGAUUCCUACUGCGCAGAAGAGUUGAAGGCUGCUGAUACUCCCGGUGAAUCCAGAACGUCAUUUUUCCCAAGCCAAGAGAAAACCAAGUGGCUUUCUGCAACUAUUAUGUGUCGACAGGUUUAAAGCAUGCAUUCUUAUCACAGCCUGCAUAGUCCAUAGAGUGUCCC